UCAAUGCUCAGGUGGGAUAAAAUUUACACUUUCAAGAGGGCUCACGAGAAAAGUGUGCAUCCUCAGGUGCCAGGAGCCGCCUGCAACUGGGAAGCGCAGGCGCACGUGGACCAUGUUUACAAAUAGCGGCCCUGGCGCUUGCGCCUCCUAGCGCUCGCCAACCCGCACUGGACGAGCUGGAGAAAAGGAUCUUGAGCCGCGGUAGGAGCGAGCGGACGCGGCUGCUGGCUGAGGGGAGGCUGGUUACUGGGUAUGGGGAUAGUGGAAGAAAGUUCACAUGCUAGAGGAAGACGAAAACUCCCGUGAAACGAACAGCGAUGAGGAAGCAAGUUGGUGUCUUUGCUCUCUGCACUGUUAGUUCUGGCGGUGAAUACCACUAGCUGAUCAGCAUUUUCUGAACGGAAGGAGCCUGCGUGUGUGGCAUCCAGCGGGUCAGGUUUAAGAAAAAGAUGUCAGCAACUUAAGACCCAUGUCACAUGACUCCCUCUCCUUGCCAAUACUAGACGCCGUGGAUCAGAUUUCAACUCCAGGCAGUCCUCGGUGCUCCUGUGGGUUUAGCCGAAUAAGAAACAAAACCACUCUUCUGAAAAUGUGAGAAGCUGCUCUCCGCUUACUGUAGCCUCGGGAUUUGGGAGCUGGUGUUCAAAUCAAAGCAUCUCCACUGAAUGGAAUUUCAGUAUUUUGCUGUCAUUUUGAUGAUUUCAUCUGGCCUUCAUCAGUUCUGCCAGACACUUCCUGCGAGGAUGGGGGCAGGAGCCCUCGGCAUCUGUCAAAGUAAAGCAACAGUUCGGCUGAAAGAAGAUAUGAAAAAGAUAGUGGCAGUGCCACUAACUGAGCAGAGGAAUUCUACCUAUACAAGGUUGUUCGGCGUCAGUCUCCAGGACCUUCAACAGCAGGGACUCACUGAGAAUGGCAUUCCAGCUGUAGUGGGGAACAUAGUGGAGUACUUGACAAAGAAUGGACUCACCCAGGAGGGCCUCUUCAGGGUGAAUGGCAACAGGAAGGUGGUAGAACAACUUCGACUGAAGUUCGAGAGCGGUGUGCCCGUGGAGCUCGGGAAAGAUGGCGACGUCUGCUCCGCAGCCAGUCUGCUGAAGCUCUUCUUGAGGGAGCUGCCUGAGAGCUUGACCACCUCAGCCUUAUACCCUCGGUUCCUCCAGCUCUUCCAGGAUGACAGAAAUGAUGCUCAGGAGAGCAGCUUAAGAGACUUACUAAAAGAGCUGCCGGACAUGCACUACUGCCUCCUCAAGUACCUGUGCCAGUUCUUGACAAAAGUAGCCAAACACCAUGUGCAGAAUCGCAUGAAUGUUCAUAAUCUCGCCACUGUGUUUGGACCCAAUUGCUUUCAUGUGCCACCUGGGCUUGAAUGUAUGAAAGAACAAGACCUCUGCAACAAGAUAAUGGCUACCAUGCUAGAAAAGUACAAUACCCUGUUUGAAGUAGAAUACACAGAAAAUGAUAACCAGAGGUGUGAAAACCAAAUGAAGCUUGUCGUAGUAAAAGCCAAUUGUAAGAACUCCUUACCCAUCCUUCUAACAAACGACUUAGAAAGAGACAUGCAAAAACCAUCUCCAAAAACUAAGAUCCCAAAGUCCAAGAGUGAGGGAUCUAUUCAGGUCUACAGGGUACCACAACCAGAUCUUUCCGAUGGUGUUCCUCAGGUCAGCCUGCGGCUCAGUCAUAGAAAACCCUGCUGGAAUGGCAUGAAUUCAGCAGAGGACAUUUGUGGGGACAAGUUGGCAUCCAGUGCCUGUGUAUCCCAAGUCAGCAAUGCUUCAACAACAGGAGAACUCUUAGAAAGAACUAUCCGGUCAGCUGUAGAACAGCAUCUUUUUGAUGUUAAUAGCUCCGGAGGCCAAAGCUCAGAGGACUCAGAAUCCAGAUCACCCCCAGCACCUUCCACCACAUCCGCCCGACAGCGAUGGCGCCUGUCCAAGGAGCAGGAUGAAGUGCGACGCGGCAGAGACAUGGGACUUAUCAACAAAGAAAAUAUUCCUUCUGGGUUCACUGACCUUGGUGAUUGUAUUUUGAGUGCUCAGGAAGUGGAAAAAUUACAUGAAAAUACUUCUGGCUGUAUUGGAGAAAGGGGCAAACCUAAACGUCAGAAAUCCAGUUCCAAACUUUCAGAGCUCAAUGAAAAUCAAGAUGGUCUUGUGAACAUGGAACAUCUCAAUUCCACACCAUCUCAUGAGAGUGCUCGAACUGAUGAUGUUGAACUGAUGUCUGAUGACAGCAAAGAAAGUGAAAAAGACAGUGGACACACCCAGCAUUUUGAGAGCCCCACAAUGAAGAUCCAGGAGCACCCCGGCAUACCUGACACCAAACUGCAGAGGACUCCAGAUGCCGACGCCCAGCAGGAGAGCUUUGUCUCGGAAGUUCCGCAGCUGGACCUGACCACAUUGUGCGAUGAGAAAAGCUGGGCAGAGCCCACGCCUGCUUUGUCCUCAUGGCAGCAGGAGAACAUGGACUCUGAUGAAGCACGCCUCUCCCCGCAGGCCGGGCGCCUCAUCCGCCAGCUUCUGGAUGAAGACAGCGACCCCAUGCUCUCUCCUCGGUUCUACGCUUACGGGCAGAGUAGGCAAUACCUGGAUGACACGGAAGUGCCUCCUUCUCCCCCCAAUUCCCAUUCUUUCAUGAGGCGACGGAGCUCCUCCCUGGGGUCCUACGAUGAUGAGCAUGAGGAUCUGACACCUGCCCAACUCACGCGAAGGAUUCAGAGCCUUAAAAAGAAGAUCCGAAAAUUUGAAGACAGGUUUGAAGAAGAGAGGAAGUACAGACCCUCCCACAGCGACAAGGCCGCCAAUCCGGAGGUUCUGAAAUGGACAAAUGACCUUGCCAAAUUCCGGAAGCAACUAAAAGAGUCCAAACUAAAGAUAUCUGAAGAGGACCUAACCCCCAGGAUGCGGCAGCGAAGCAACACACUCCCCAAGAGUUUCGGUUCCCAACUUGAGAAAGAAGAUGAGAAGAAGCAAGAGGUGGUAGACAAAGCGAUAAAGCCCAGCGUUGAAGCCACCCUGGAAUCUAUCCAGAGGAAGCUCCAGGAGAAGCGGGCAGAAACCAGCCGACCUGAGGACAUUAAGGACAUGACCAAGGACCAGAUUGCAAAUGAGAAGGUGGCACUGCAGAAAGCUCUAUUAUAUUAUGAAAGCAUUCAUGGACGGCCGGUAACCAAAAAUGAACGGCAGGUUAUGAAGCCGCUGUAUGACAGGUACCGGCUGGUCAAACAGAUCCUGUCCCGAGCCAACACCAUACCCAUCAUUGGUUCCCCCUCCAGCAAGCGGAGAAGCCCUUUGCUGCAGCCAAUUAUCGAGGGUGAAACUGCUUCCUUCUUCAAGGAGAUAAAGGAAGAAGAGGAGGGUUCAGAAGAUGAUAGCAACACAAAGCCAGACUUCGCAGUCACUCUGAAAACCGAUUUCAGUGCCCGUUGCUUUCUCAACCAAUUUGAAGAUGAUGCUGAUGGUUUUAUUUCCCCGAUGGAUGAUAAAAUACCAUCAAAAUGCAGUCAGGACACCGGGCUUUCAAAUCUGCAUGCUGCUUCAAUACCAGAACUCUUGGAACACCUUCAGGAAAUGAGAGAAGAAAAGAAAAGGAUUCGAAAGAAACUUCGUGAUUUUGAAGACAAUUUCUUCAGGCAAAAUGGAAGAAAUGUCCAGAAGGAAGACCGCACUCCUAUGGCUGGAGAGUACAACGAAUAUAAGCACAUAAAAGCAAAACUGAGGCUCUUGGAGGUGCUCAUCAGCAAGAGAGACACUGAUUCCAAGUCCAUGUGAGGGGCAGCCCCAGCUCGAGUGAAGGGGGCUGGUGACACACGGUGAAUGUGCCCCCGGUAAGUAGCAGCAGCAGCUCUGCAGGAACUGGAAGGCAGCCUUAGAGCUGGGCCUGUGAAGGAUGGAGCCCUUCUGCCGACAGGCCUUUGGAAUUGGCUCCAGACUGAAGAAGGCAGCUUGUCCUGACUUAGGAAUUUUGUAAAGGAAAGUCAAGAUUCCUGUGCUCGUGUGCAUGUGCAGACACUGCCGUGGAAGCUGUACUCACACUAGCAGUGAUGAGGUACCACAUUGGGACACACUCAUCUGUAGAGAAUAUGCACCAUUCUUCCAUGGGUAACAGAGAAGCAGGAGACCAUUCUCACUCUACCUGGGAUGAAAACCAGCUCAGGACGUCCUGGAGCAAACUUGCUGCACAGGUCACUGUUCCCUGGACCCUGUAGAGUGGGAAUGUACUUCGGAGCCCUGUUUGCUGCCUUGCCCAUUCCUGUGACCUUUCCACAGAGCUGCGCCUUCCCUGAGUCCUGUGAAUUGUGUCCUGUCCGCUCUCAGGUAGAUGGAAGCUGUGUCUGCCUGGAAUGGCAGUGCAGACAUCUAUUUGACAGUGUGUUUCUUUAAGACUUCCUCCACUGACAAAGAACUGUGACCGCUGUAGGACUGGAUUGCCUGCAGAGGAAGGGGGGGUGGGGUAUCGCAGGAGCUCUAUUAAUGCUGAUUUUUAAAUCAGGUGACAGGGUGAACAGCCUAGAGAAUUCGUUCCCGAACAUCGACUGCACUUUAUCAGUCUCAGAGUGCAACAUCAGACACGAAGCGAGGCCAGCAUGCUAUGGCAGCCUGUGUGGAGCUUGGUUUCAAUUUCGCACUAGCCAAACAUAAAUGCCCUUGCUUAAUUCUUAGCUGAAGCGUAGGGGGAAGGGAGAGGGGAGAGAAGGAGAGAACCUGUGUUCUCAGCCAUCUGAGGACUUACCAGAGUUUAAUUUUUUUUAAGUAAACCUGCACUAAAAUCCCCUCACUGAGGGGUGAACGUAGCCCUUGGAGGUCAACCCAAGGCACAAUCUAAAUCACACUAUUUUCAAGGUCAUGUAUGAAGAGAACAAACACUAGUGUGUAGCCAUUUAUGAUCACAAUUUUUCCAGAGGCCACGUCACAAAGCUGUCUAUAUUAGACAUUUUGGAGGGACCAGUGAACUUAAGAUCCUAAAUCAUUCAUCUCUUCAGUGUGCUGACUCACUUGGUGAUUUGUGAUUUGUCAUUAGUUUUUAACUUUUUAUGUCUGCCCCCGGGAAAGUGGGCUCGGCCUGUCUGUCCGCCUUCCGCACACAGACACCGUUGCCAGGAGAAGGCGUUUCGGCGGCUCGCCUGUUGAAGACCAUGUUGCAGAUGAUCAGGGUGCCCACCUCUAUGUUAUACCAUUGUGUGUGUGUGUGUGUGUGCGCGUGUGCGUGUGUGUGUGUGUAUUAAAAAGAAGAGAAAGAAAACAUAAAAUUCUGCUGGCCAGUUGUCAAUUUCAAAAAAAAAUGGGUUCUUGAGAAACUAGUCAGAUUGUAUUUAUAGCAGCGUUUCUGUUGCUAAGUGAGGGGCCGCUCUGUCAGUUGAAAAUUAAGUUGGGAGUGGGUGAGAAAGGACGCCUUCAGGUUUGCUCCUGGAAGUGUUUAUGUAGACACAGGAGCACGUGUUGCAAGUGCCCUGGUUUAAUCUACACACUUAAAGAUGGUACCUAAUCCUACAAAUUUAAAUGUAUAUGAAAAUAUAGUUUGGUAUUCUCUGCUCUACUGUUUACAUUGCAGAUGGCUAUAAUUUCAAGGAGUUAUAAGUAAAAUGCACUUUAGGACAUUUUCUAUUUUUGAAAUCUGAACAUGAAUCAUUCAUAUGACCAAAAAUUGUAUUUUUUAAAAGAAAUGUCUAGUCUGUUCUUUGUAAUUAUUCUUAAAUAAGCUGUACUAUAAAUCAUUACCAGUUAACUUUGAAAGGCACAUCUGUUUAAGAGUAUUGCUUUGAAAAUGCUAACAUGCUAUAGAAUUUAAAAAGAGGAAAAGCUAUAUAAAUGAGAAGCUUCUAAAUGUUUUGAAAUCUGCUGUUUCUGCCAAAGGUAAAUUAAGUAAAAGAUUUAUUCAGAAAACCCCAUUCAAAUUUAUAUGGUUGAAUAAAAGAAAACACCAAGUUAUAGUAAAAAGAAA